AAUGUGUUAUGUAAAUGUACCUGGUGUAUGAAGAUGGUCAGGAAAUGCAAUUAUAGGCUAAGUGAGUGAAAUUACAUGUAUGUGGAGAGAAUGAUGUGGUGUUAGUGGUUUAAAAAAACACCUUUUAAAAAAAAUUGUGUGUGGACUAUCAGUAGCCUACCUGGCUCAGAUGGCUGCCAGCACAGCAGCCACGGCUCUCCUGCCUCCAGUGAAGAGCGUGGUGGUCUAUAAGAAUGGAGACCCUUUCUACAGUGGACGCAGGUUUGUGGUCAACCAACGACAGGUGGCCAGCAUGGAGGCCUUUCUGACUGAAGUGACCCGGAGCAUCGGGGCCCCCCUGGCCGUCAGGACCCUCUACACGCCCAGGCAGGGGCACAGGGUCUCAGACCUCCAGGAUCUUCAGACAGGAGCCAAGUAUGUUGCUGCUGGCUUUGAACGGUUCAAAAAACUUGAUUACCUGACCGCAAGAACGAAAAAGCAGCCUUCUGGCCGUGAAGAAACCCAGGCCAAAGCAUCCCAGAGGCUCAAUGUUUCAGCCAAAUGGAGAAAGUUUAUACCUCUACCCUGCAUUAUACACGUUUUCCGAAAUGGAGACUUGCUUUGUCCACCAUUCCGGUUCAUCAUUCCUCGGAGCAUGCAGCAGGACCUGGAGCAGAUCCUGAGUCUGGUCACUGAGAAGGUCAGCUUAAGAACUGGAGCUGUGCGCAGGUUGUGCUCUCUGGAAGGAGCGACUUUGUCGUCAGUUGUGGAACUGGAGACUGGCCACUGCUAUGUUGCCGUGGGAACUGAGAGGUUCAAGAAACUUCCAUAUGUGGAGCUUUUGGUUUCAAAAGCUACAGAGAGAUAUUACCCAGGAAAGAGAAGGCUGUUAAGGAGAAAUGAGAACAGGAAAGCAGGAAGUGGUCCAGAGGAUCAGUACAGUGACUCAGCCCUCCUCGACUCUCCAGAGUCAGAUGGUCGCAGGGUGAAGUCCACAGGAGAUGACGCUGCAGCUCCAGCAGAGCAGAGCAGGAGAGAGGGAGCAGAGGAGACGUCUGCCUUCUUCUCCAGGCCCGUCAAGAUCCGCAACAACAGAGGACAGCCCAGACCCCCACUCAGCAAUGGAUCUGUCCAGCCCAGCCUGUUGAAGAGAGCAGCACGGAGGAGAAGAGAGGAGGCACGAGGGGCCGAGGAGGUGCACGAGGACGAAAACACAGCUACAGAGCUUCCUGUUGACCAGAGAGUAGCAGAGAUAGUGGAGGAUGAGGAACAAAACGCUCCUCUAGACAACACUCAGCAGGAUCCUGAAAGGCAGCAGACGUCUUUGAAGUCAAGGCCUUCGUCAAACACAUCUCAGGUAGAGAGCAGGGAAGAAAAGGAGAGCCCACAGGUUGCCCCGUCAAUACAACAGAACACAACCAUCAUCAGGAGUCCUGGUGAAUUCAUCAAAGAGGUUUAACUACAGCUGACGAGCCAGCGGCUGUUUCUAUGAUGACCAAAUGUGCUCAAAUUAAUGUUUGAUUACAUUUGUACUUUAAAAGUGUUAAUGAGCCAAGCGACAACUUUAAUUUAUGUUGUUUUAUUUUAGAACAAAGUCCAAAAUGUGAACAGGCAUG